AUUUAGGGAAAGUUGCUGUUGACUAAACAAACACAGAACAACCAAGACAUGAGCGACUCUAACUCUCGGAACGAGACGGCAGCCACAGUUAAAGGACCGGACACCGAUAUGGGGCUGGUGGCAAAUUCCAGGGAGCGAAAGUCCGGUGGAGAUGUGAUGAAGAGACUCAAGUCGCAACGAAAUCAAACGGAUAAACAGCGGCCUGUUGUUACAGAGGAUGAGCUCAGGGCGCUAGGACGAGACAUCACACCAGAUGAAAUCCUUGGUCUUUGUGCUGUUACACGGGAUUAUCUAUGUAAACCUGAGGACAAUGUCUACAAUAUUGACUUCACACGUUUCAAGAUCAGAGAUCUGGAAACUGGGUCAGUGCUCUUCGAGAUUGCUAAACCUCACAGCUGUGACCCUGAAGAUGAGGAGAAUGGAGAUGGAGACGCCAGUGCUGGGCGCUUUGUGCGCUAUCAGUUCACGCCAGCCUUCCUCAGACUGCGGAAUGUUGGUGCAACUGUGGAGUUCACUGUGGGGGACCGGCCUGUUAACAGCUUUCGCAUGAUAGAGAGGCAUUAUUUCCAGAAUAAAGUUCUCAAGAACUUUGACUUUGACUUCGGAUUCUGCAUCCCAAACAGCCGGAACACUUGCGAACACAUCUAUGAGUUUCCCCAGCUCCAUGAGGACCUCAUUGGCCUAAUGGUGGAGCACCCGUAUGAGACCAGGUCCGACAGCUUCUAUUUUGUGGACAACAAACUGAUCAUGCACAAUAAGGCAGACUACGCCUACGAUGGGGGCCAGUAGUGUCUGAAGAUUAGCUUCUUGUGUGCAAUGCAACGCAGGGGUCACAUUGCCCCUGAAUACAACCAUCAUGUAGGUCUUUUGGGAACAGGAGUGUACUUUCUCCACUUCAGACAUUCCAACAAACUUUACCAGCCCCAGGUUUGGGGAAAAAUGACCAUAUCUACCUUCCAAACAGGUUGCUGCAUUUAUUUGAUACCUCGUACCCAUCUAUUGCUUGGACUCAUAGAAUUCUCUCGUCAAUCACUCUUUUGUAAUGUUGAACAUGUUUUCCUUUGUCUUUUCUAAUGUUUCCACAUUUAAAUGGUUACUGCUUAUUUCAAUCUGCUUUGAGUUCAGUAUUUGUUGUAAUAUCCUUGUUUUUGAGUUGUAUUAUGUUUAGUCAACUGUUACCAGACAGCUCUACAGAGAGCUAAGGGAACAUUACAUGAUCCCAAUCUGAAUGUUAAAUAGCGGUCAAUUGUAGCCCGUAAGAUGAACAAUGAUUGAAGUUGACCAGGACUUAUGUUCUUUUCUACACACAAGGGUUGACAGAUGGCACAAUUGGAUUGCAAGCAAAUUACAACUGUGAUACUACCUAAUUUCAUUGAACAAUAGUUUGGUUCUGGUCAUCAAUUUUUAACUACUCAUUCUGCUCAAGUAGCAAUCGUGAUCCUUUUUUAUGUCUUUGUUCCUCAGAUAGUGGGCUAAACUGUAUAUUCAGCUUUGAGACGAACAGAUGCUCCAUUAAUUUGAAAUCUUGGCACAAUUGGAUUGCAAGCAAAUUACAACUGUGAUACUACCUAAUUUCGUUGAACAAUAGUUUGGUUCUGGUCAUCAAUUUUUAACUACUCAUUCUGCUCAAGUAGUAAUCGUGAUCCUUUGCUAUGUCUUCGUUCCUCAGAUAGUGGGCUAAACUGUAUAUUCAGCUUUGAGACGAACAGAUGCUCCAUUAAUUUGACAUCUUGCCUUGGUGUAGAAGCUGUUAUUCGUUUGGGUGUCCCGUGUCACCCCUCUAGCUAUAUACACAGAGCAAAAAAACAUUAUGAACACCUGCUCUUUCCAUGACUGACUAACCAGGUGAAAGCUAUGAUCCCUUAUUGAUGUCACUUAAAUCCAUUUCAAUCAGUGUAGAUGAUGGUUAAAGGACUUUUAAGCUUAGACAUGGAUUGUCUAUAUGUGCCAUUCAGAGGGUGAAUGGACACGACAAAAUAUUUAAGUGCCUUUGAACGGGGUAUGGUAGUAGACAUCAGGUUUGUGUCACGAACACUGCUAGGUUUUUCACGCUCAACAUUUUCCUGUGUGUAUCAAGAAUGGUCCACCACCUAAAGGACAUCCAGCCAAAUUGACAUAAAUGUGGGAAGCAUUGGAGUCAACAUGGGCCAGGAUUCCUGUGGAAUGCUUUUGACACCUUGUAGAGUUCAUGUCCUGACAAAUUGAGGCUGUUCUGAGGGUAAUGGUGGGCAGGGGGGUAGUAAGUGACAGACAACACCCCUGGUCUGUUACGUGUUUCGCAUUUGUAAAUGUGCUUGUAGUAUGUUCGUGCCUACUGGAGUUACACUGAGUUUUCCAAAACUAAAUGAAACCUCCCACAUGUGCCUUUUAUUCAGACUUCUCAGCUCAAGGGGCUUUGUUGUGUGUGAGAGAAUGUGAAGUCCAGCGCUGCUCCGCUACACAUCUGUCCAACAACAUGUCAAACUGUCUGGAAGAGAUUUUUGUGAAUUCAUUCUAAGCAAUCCCAGUCAGCUAUAAAAUAAUAUUGGUUACCCAGAAGUAAAAUUAGAGCGAAAAUUAUUGUUUUACUUCUGGGGGAAUGCCGUUAACAAUUGAUUACCUUGGUGCGAAGUCUCCUCCCUUGUAAACGGAAACGGCCAAAUCUUCCUUCUGCUAAUUUCACCUGUGUUUAUCAUGGUCACAAAGCACAUUUUUUGUUUUCAUGAAUAUUUAUGAUAGACAAUUUUGAGUUUAUAUUUGUGGAAUUUAGUGGAAACCGCUUAUCAUCCACACACAUGCUUUAAAAUCACAGCACCAAUUUAAGAACCGCCUAAACCCAAUCCUGCUGCUUGUAAUCACAUAUUUGUACGUGAGUUUCGACAUAUUCUUGCCGUUUCCUUUGUCCACGAGAGGUUAGUUCUGAAAUUAUAACUAUACAGUUCAUAAUGACAAGUGGAAGUUAUGUAUCAGUGGAGGCUGCUGAGGGGAGGACGGUUCAAAAAUAAUGGCUGGAACAGCACGAAUGGAAACCAUGUGUUUGAUACUGUUCCACUCAUUCUGCUCCAGCCUACCACGAGCCCGUCCUCCCCCAUUUAAGGUAUCACCAAACUCCUGUGGUAUGUAUGAGGAUGUGGCUGUUAUGUUAACCACUUUAGAGACUUGUCUUUUCUUUACCUUUACUGAUGGGAAGGUCUGUUAUAGCAGCCACCAUUUUUUUUUCUAAUAGCACCACCAAAUUAACACCAAUUAUGCAUUUUACAACACGGUUGCUACUGAUUUCAUUUUUCACUCUUGAAGUUAGACCCACAUACUGUGUACACUGGAACCCCUUUGAAUUUAUUGAGCAUAUUGUACAUUUAUUGAUGCAUGUGUUUUAGGAAAGACACAUUUCACAGUGAGAUUUUAUUCAACAUUACUACAAAGAUUACUGUCUUUUGAAUGUUACAUUUCAGGGACCAUAGACUCAGGGACCAUAGAUUUGGUGAAGUAGAACUAGAAGCCCUCCUAACAUUGCCUUUCAUGUUCCGUUAAAUGUUUCUGUUUCUGCAAGAUGAUAUACUGCCAGGAGAGGGGGGAAUAAAAAAUUGAACAGAU